AUGACAAUCCAUAGAAAAGUUAUGAAACAGAGGCAUAAGCCCUUUAAAAAUUCUAAAAGCAAAAAGGCAAAGAUUCCUCAGAAUCCAUCGCAAAAAACUCCUGUUGCUCUUGGAAGAAAAGCUAAAAAAGUUCAAAUAAUAGCGAAAAACAAGGCGUUACGGGCUUCUAUUCGGGAAGAAUCUCCUAGAAACGUCUUUGUUAUACCUUUUCAUGAGAAUGCUAAUCCCAUCGAGUUCAUUACCGCAGCUUUAGACUUCUAUUCCAAUCAUUCGCCAAGACAACAUAACGCUUCAAAGAAUGGUUGGUUUGUGUCGGAUCCUAUAUCAUUGGAUUCCAGUAUUACCCAUAGUAGCAGUCUACGCCGCUUGAUAUUGUACACUUGUCCAAGAAACUUGGCCGAUGUUCUUUAUGCAGCGUCAGCUGCAGAUGUUUUGGUUUGUCUAUUCAGAGGAAGCUCCAAUACGGAGCCAGCAUUCGAUGAAUAUGGCUAUAAGUUAUUAAGUACGUUGAGGCUGCAGGGGUUACCUACUCCAGUUUGUGUGAAUUUAGAGGCAGGUCUUCCAGGAGACCGUCGACCAAGUUCUACACUAGUUCGCCGCUAUUUUCAUUCAGAAUUUGGAUUAGACAAGAAAUAUACAUCGGUUUUGGUAGAGAGUGAUCUACGUCAGGUCUUAUCUUCUAUUGCCACAGUUUCUUUGAAUCAGCUCUCCUGGAGGAAGGAUAGGGGUUAUAUGUUUUCAUCGAAUCACUCAUAUGAUGUAAAUAAAAGUCAGUUACGCUUGGAAGGAUACGUGAAAGGUAUAGGAUUUAGUGUUCAUCAUCCUGUCCACAUAACGUCUAUUGGUGACUUCAUAAUAAAUAAGAUUGAGUCACUUUCUGACCCAUGUAACACUUCUACACAUAAUUCGUCCAGAAUGGAUGUUGAAACAGUUAUCGAAGAACAAACAGAAGAAAUUGCACGUGAAUUGGUAGCAGAGGUAGAUUGCACUAAUGAGGGUACUAGUCUGGAAUCAAAUGGAAACGGAUAUGACAUUUCAAAUGAGCAAUUUGAAAAUGUUUUUGAUAAGUUGACAAUAAACAGAAUUCCCUUGAAUGGUAACAUGGAAAUAGAUGAUUCUGAUUCGUCUAUAAUUGACGGUGCAGAUGUGCCAGAUCUAUAUCCAGAUGGUGAUUCAGAGAUUUCUGAAGAUUCAGAAGAUAUGCCACUGAACGAAAACUUGGAUGAAUGUAACAACGCGAAAAAGAAAAUUGAGUUUGAACAUAGAGACUUGGAAGAUUUAACAUUUCCGGACGAAGUAGAUACUCCUGUUGAUGUACCGGCUCGUGAAAGAUUCAGAAAGUAUAGAGCAUUGAAAAACAUUCGUACAUGUGUAUGGGACCCAUAUGAAUCAUUACCUCCAGAGUAUUUUCAAAUAAACGAGUUUGAGAACUUCAGAGCAACUAUGAACGAAUCCAAAGCUAUCGUCAAGAGAAAUUGCGCUAAACUAAAUCUUUCUGGAUCUUUUAUUAGACUGACACUCUCAAAUGUAUCUUUGGAAGAUUACAAUAAAAUAUUAGGAGAAGACGGCACCUCUAAACACCCUAUAUUGCUUUCUACCGUUUUACCGUUGGAAAGAAAAGUAUCUGUGCUCAAUUUCAAUGUUAGCAGAACGCCUGAAGGUCCUGACUCUGUUCCAUCAAAGACUCCUUUAUCGCUUUUCUGUGGGUUUAGAAGAUUCCCUGGUAAACCCAUCUACAGUAAGACUAUAAAUGUGGAAAGGGGUAAAAGAGGUCUUUAUGAAAGAUUUUUCAAGCGUGGUGAUAACUGCGUAGCUUCUAUCUAUGGAAUGUCUAUUUCAUCUCCCACUCCUGUUAUUGCGAUAAAUGAAGCAGUGGAUGAAGAAGUGAUAUUUGGGGGGAAUGUGAGUGAAGCUGAUCCUUCAAGAAUUAUUAUAAAGCGCAUAAUCCUAACGGGUUAUCCAAUGCGUGUUCAUCGCAAACGUGCUGUUGUUCGUUACAUGUUUUUCAACCCAUCAGAUAUAAAGUAUUUCAAGCCCGCUCAACUAUUUACUAAGCGCGGACUUAGAGGUCGUAUAUUACAAUCCUUGGGAACUCAUGGUCACAUGAAAUGUAUUUUUAGUGAUUUUAUAGUUCAAGACGAUAUUGUUUGUUUGGCUCUAUAUAAACGUGUGUAUCCCAAAUGGGAUGCAAGGUCUUGGUCUAACUGGAUAUAA